UGACUGUUCCCAUAGCAACGGUUUGUUGACAGAGAUAGUCUGCUCGCUUACGCCCAAAAAAAUGAGACUCAAGCGGUUUCUUCUCAGAUAUUACCCCCCAGGUAUAAUCCUGGACUACGACAAAGGAGGAAUUUCGAGGACCAAGUCCAUCGACCUUUUGGACCUGACAACAGAAACCAAUCCAGAUGAGUUAUUGCAAGAGAUCAUGCAAGCGGAGCCUCUUAUCUCAAAGUCCCGGACCGAGCAAGUAAAGAAGCUCAUCGUUCGACUCCAACAGAAACAGAGCCAAGACGACCGCCACAGGUUCUGUUUUUCCAAGGAGCUGAAGGCCCACCUACUGCCUCUGACUAACGUUGCAUUUGACAAAUCGGGGUCAAGGUUUCUAACCGGGAGCUAUGACAGAACGUGUCGCAUUUGGGACACCGCCUCGGGCACCGAGCUGCGAGCGCUGGAGGGCCACCGAAACGUGGUGUACGCCGUCGCCUUCAACAACCCCUUUGGGGAUAAGAUUGCCACCGGUUCUUUCGACAAGACCUGCAAGCUGUGGUGCGCUGAGACGGGAAAAUGCUUUUAUACGUUUCGAGGCCAUAUGGCGGAAAUAGUGUGUCUGGCAUUCAACCCUCAGAGCACACUUGUGGCCACGGGCAGCAUGGACACCACCGCCAAGCUGUGGGAUGUGGAGACCGGCUGGGAGGUGGCCACACUCACUGGUCACACCGCAGAGGUCCUCUCCUUGUGCUUCAACUCCAUCGGCGGUCAGCUCGUGACGGGCUCCUUCGACCACACCGUUAUCAUUUGGGACGUCGCUUCAGGAGGACGUGUCCACACGCUGACGGGCCACCGGGCGGAGAUCAGCAAUGUUCAGUUCAACUGGGAUUGCUCGCUGAUCGUCACGGGCUCCAUGGAUAAAACGUGCAAGGUGUGGGACGCACGCAGUGGCAGUUGCGUGGCCACCCUGGUUGGACACAAAGAGGAGCUUCUCGAUGUGUGUUUUGAUUUACGAGGUCAACUCAUUGCCACAGCCUCUGCCGAUGGCACGGCCCGAGUGUUCAGUGCGUCCACACACCAGUGCCUGGCGACACUUGAGGGCCACGAGGGGGAGAUCUCCAAGAUCUGCUUCAGUCCUCAGGGCAGCAAGGUCCUGACCGCCAGCUCAGACAAGACCGCUCGUUUGUGGGACGUCCGGUCCGGAGUCUGCCUCCAGGUUCUGGAGGGCCACACCGAUGAGAUCUUCUCCUGCGCCUUCAACUACGAAGGCGACACCAUCAUCACCGGCAGCAAGGACAACACGUGCCGGAUCUGGUGCUGACCCUCCGCGGGAGCCGACAGACAUCCACGCGGGCUUGGCGUUGUCGCACAUGCAUUCCGCUUCAUUUGAGGAUGAGCAGCUCAAUGACGACCCGUUGUUGACGGACGGCGUCUGCGUCAGAGGAAUUUCGUGACGUCUGAUCUUUCGAGAGCAAUUCUUGAUGUAAAUCCUCAUCUUGUUGUCUUGACAUUUAUUAUUUGUAUCGAUCAAACGGAGGCUCAAGUUCAUCUUGUUGUCUCCCCCCCCCAAACUUCGCUAAAGUAGCGCGAGCUAAUUUCCUCCGAGCUAAAUAGCGUCUGUUCACUUGCGGUAAACAGAUAGCAGCCGGGAAACGGGGCCCAAACGCAUAUCCACCGCGUGUUGAGACUUUUGCGUGCUCAGGGAGAACAUAAAGCUUAUUUUAAGUUUGUUUUGUGGAAGUAGUCUCGACUUUGUAAUGCACUUGAAAAGUAUUAAUUUUAGCACGCUUGCAUUAAAGUGAGGGGUUAAUCAUCUUGGUUUUUUUGCAAUUUUUCAAACGUGUCC